GCGUGCGUGUAAACUGAAAACCAUUUCCAAUUGGAGUGCGGUGCUGGCUGGUUUGGGCCAGGUAUCCAGAGAGAUUCGGUAACGCGAGACACGGAGGAGAAGAGAACAAGAGAUCACCUUGUUGUUUAUUGUUGUUUUUUUUGCUUUGCAACGAAAACGAAAACAUGGCUUCAGCGGCUGUGAACAAUGUGUCGAAAUUCGGGAGUUUCUUGUCGCACAUCAAGAAGAUCAGCCCGAGGACGUACUAUACCUACGUCAAUGAACCUGCUCAACCCAUCCCCGGAAAGGAGCCGAAAUUCGUUACACCCGACCAGGCCUUCGAAAAGCUCCAGUCAGGAAAUACCGUUUACAUCCAGGGUGCGGCUGCCACCCCACUCGUCCUGAUCGAGGCUAUGACAAAGUUCGGAAAGGAGAACAAACUCAAGGAUGUGAUGGUAUGCCACAUGCACACCGAAGGACCGGCUCUGUACUGCGAUCCAUCGUGCGAAGGCAUCUUCAGAUCCAAUUCGUUCUUCAUGGGCGGAAACGUACGCAAGGCUGUCAGCGAGGGUAGAGGUGAUGCCAUCCCCAUCUUCCUGCACGAAAUCCCGUUGCUCUUCUACAGGAAAAUCGUCAGGCCCGACAUCGCCCUCAUCCAGGUCUCCCCACCGGACUCGCAUGGUUUCUGCAGUUUGGGUACCAGCGUCGACGUCGUCAGGUCCGCCCUGCAAAACUCCAAAUAUAUUGUUGCUCAAAUUAAUCAGCAAAUGCCGAGGACUUUCGGUGAUGGCAUCAUCCACAUCAGUCACAUCGAUUACGCCAUCAAGACUGACAUUCCGCUGCCAGUGCACGGAGGUCGUCCAUUGAGCGCCGUUGAGACUCAGAUCGGCAAGCACAUCGCCGAGAACCUGAUCGAGGACGGCGCCACCUUGCAGAUGGGAAUCGGCAACAUCCCCGAUGCCGUCCUCUCUCAGUUGACCAACCACAAGGAUCUGGGUAUCCACUCGGAGAUGUUCGCCGACGGCGUCGUCGAGCUCGCCGAGAAGGGAUGCAUCACCAACUCCAUGAAGACGAAGCACAAGGGCCGCAUCGUCGGCUCUUUCCUCAUCGGCACCAAGAAACUGUACGACUUUGUCGACAACAAUCCCUUCAUCGAAAUGUUGACCAUCGACUAUGUGAACAACACAAGGGUCAUCUCCGAACAGCCAAAGAUGACUGCCAUCAACUCGGCCAUCGAGGUUGACAUCACCGGGCAGGUCGUAUCCGAUUCCAUCGGAACAAGAAUGUACUCGGGCUUCGGUGGUCAGGUGGACUUCAUCAGAGGCGCCGCCGAAGGUUUGGACGGCAAGGGAAAGCCAAUCAUCGCUUUGCCAUCCGUCACCAAUAAGGGCGAAAGCAAGAUCGCCAUCACCCCGAAACUCGGUGCCGGCGUCGUCACCAGUCGCGCCCACGUCCACUACGUGGUCACCGAGCACGGAAUUGCCAAUUUGUUCGGCAAGUCCUUGAGGCAAAGGGCGCACGCCCUCAUCCAGAUCGCUCAUCCAGACCACCGCGCGAACCUCGAGAAGGCCGCCUUCGAGCGCUUCAAGUGCAUGCCAUCCGCCUAGAAGAAGAAAACAAAGAUGAUGAUGAUAUUAAUAAACACACAAAAAGCAAAGCAACAACAAAAACAUCAACAGCAGAAAAGAUUAUAUAGAUUCAAACUAGUGCCUAUACAAACACUUUUCUUUAAACGUUUACAUAUUUUGUAGAUAUGUGAAGAAAGCAACAAAUAUUCCACACAAAAACAAACACACGCAUACAGGAUUAUUGUAAAAAUUAUGUUUAAGUUUUUAAAAUUUUAUCUCGUUUCGUUUACCUUUGAUUUCGUUGUUAUCUCUCUCUCUCAAUCACCAUUAGGAAAAUUAUACAAGGUGUAUCAAAUAUGAUGUGCGCGCUGCCAUUUAUAAAAUUAAGGAUU